GACGGAUGAUUUGCGAACGCCCUGCCUCUGUUGUUGUCUCCCGAAGUCCAAGAAAACCGUAUAUAUUUCUAAGGUUUCGUUGAUCUCCCGAACUUAUCGCAGGUCUCCGGAAUGUCUCGGCAGGCGAACAAGGUCCCGGACAGCAAAAAAGUCAAUAAUGAAUUGUUCACGCUCACCUAUGGAGCGUUGGUUGCCCAGAUGAUGAAGGACCUGGAAAACUGUGAAGAGGUCAACAAGCAUCUGGACCGCAUGGGCUUCAAUAUCGGACAGAGACUCAUCGAGGAUUUUCUCGCUCGAACCAACUCCCCACGUUGCGUUGAUCUUCGGGACACAGCAGAAAAGAUCCAGAGCGCCUUCAAGAUGUAUCUGACGAUCUCACCAUCGAUUACGAAUUGGAGCACAUCGGGGGACGAGUUUUCCCUGAUUUUCGAUUCGAACCCUCUGACCGAGUUCGUCGAGUUACCAGACACUCAUAAUACGUUGAAGUACUGCAGUAUAAUUCCCGGCAUCAUCCGAGGCGCUCUUGAAAUGGUCCAGAUGGAAGUCCGCUGUUGGUUCGUCCACGACUCACUGCGGGGGGAUGCGUCGACGGAACUCCGUAUAAGAAUGGUGAAAAAAAUCGAGGAUGCCAUACCUGUUGGAGAGAACUAGUCGAGGCCGCUUAUUUAAGUCACUCUUAUUGAAUGCUUCCCUUGGAUAACCCAGUUCGUUUGGGGAAGAAUUGAGCGAAGGACGAAGUCUCCUGAGAGUACCCCGCGUGCGGUAUGCAAUAAAAACCCGUGUAUAUA